AUGUCUGCAGCAGAUACUAACCAUAUCGAUCAAUCAACAGCCGUUUCCAAAGUGGUGGCAACAAUAGAAACUUUAAAAUCCAAAGGUGUAGUCCAAGUUGAAAAAAUUCACACUGGACUAAACUCUAGUGUAGAACUUGUAGUUACAGUUUCAAAGGGACCUCUUCACACUGAAUAUUUAAAGUCAAUGGAAGAGAGAAAAGGAAAACCACAUUCACCUUCUUCAUCAAAUGAGGAUGAUGAUUAA